AUGACAGACUCUAAGGCCUUCUGGCCGGCCGACUUUGGCCACUAUGGCGGCCUCUUCAUACGCCUCGCAUGGCACUGCAACGGAUCGUACCGGAAGUGGGACGGCCGCGGCGGCUGCAACGGCGCGCGCAUCCGCUUCACGCCGGAGCUGGCCUGGCCUGACAACACAAACCUUGACAAGGCCCGCAAGCUGCUGGAGCCCAUCAAGGCCAAAUACGGCGCCGCCCUCUCAUGGGGUGACCUGAUUGUCCUCGCUGGCGACACGGCCAUUGAGUCAAUGGGUGGCCCCAAGAUCCCAUUCUGCAAGGGCAGGAUCGACGACGCCGACGGGACCGCCUCCCUGGAGCUGGGCCCGACGCCGGAGCAGCAGCUGGUGGCGCCGUGCACGGCCGGCGACGGCAACUGCGGGGAUCCCCUGGGGCAGACG